AUGGGAGUUGCCGGUGUAUUGGGCGCUGCUUUGCUAUGUGCCAUUCAUGGUGCUACCAUAGAAAAUACUUUAUUUGAAGAUGGUGAUGGUGCAAAUACUUUCCAUGCUUUUAACCCAACUCAAGCCAAAGAAACUUAUUCAAUGGUCACUGCUAACCGCUUUUGGUCCCAAAUCUUUGGGGUUUCUUUUUCCAAUAACCGUUGGUUACAUUUGUUUAUGUUAUUUGUACUAGUAACCAGUUUAUGGAUGAGUGCUCUUGGAGUAGUCGGUCUAUCCCUGAACCUACGUGCCUAUGACUUCGUUUCUCAGGAAAUUUGCGCAGUGGAAGAUCUUGAAUUUGAGACUUUCUACACCAAAAAUAUUCUCUUAAACGAAGUAUUGGGCUUUGGCGGCAUUUAUCAUGUACUUCUGGGACCUGAGACACUUGAAGAAUCUUUUCCCUUCUUUGGUUAUGUCUGGAAAGAUCGAAAUAAAAUGACCACAAUUUUAGGUCAUUUGUGGCAUGCGGGAAGGGCUCGUGCAACUGCAACAGGAUUUGAAAAAGCAAUUGAUCAUGACCUUGAACCUAUUCUUUUCAUGACCCCUCUUAAUUGA